CACAGUGAGAACAGAGGGAAAUAGUUUGGAGACAAAGUCAGAGUGAGGAAAAGAGACAAAUGAAGAUGUGAAGAUGUUGCUGUCGUGCUGUUCCGUGCGCUCCAAACCUGCGGGGAGCUUCUGGGAUGGACACAACUGUUGUCCUCUCGUAUCCACAGCAGCAAACAGCUGCUUUUGACCAUUAAAUGUCAACACUUCUACUUUCUUCACUUCUUUCUUGGCUUCACAUUGCACUUUCAACUGCUGAGGAAACGAGAGGGGGGGAUACACACGUGAGAGUAAAGCCCUGACGCGCUCCGGUGUGCUCAGGCUGGACCGGUGUGAGAGUGUGGACUAGUAUGAAGCGUCAUGGCUUGGUGUGACCGCGGGGUUCAAACGCUACUGGCCACCGUGGGGGCUUUCGCCGCCUUCAGUCUGAUGACCAUCGCCAUUGGCACGGACUACUGGCUCUAUUCGCGGGCGUAUAUCUGCAACGCAACCAACGCCACCACAGACGACACCCAGUCGCAGCCCAAAACUAAGAAGGGCGAUCUCACCCACUCCGGGCUGUGGAGAAUCUGUUGUAUUGAAGGUAUCAAUCAAGGCAGCUGUUACAGAAUCAACCAUUUCCCUGAUGACAACGACUACGACACUGACAGCUCUGAGUAUCUGCUGCGAAUAGUCCGUGCGUCCAGCGUGUUCCCCAUUCUCAGCACCAUCCUGCUGAUGCUGGGAGGACUCUGUGUGGGAGUGGGACGACUCUACAACAAGACAAACAACGUCCUCCUCAGCGCUGGCAUCCUUUUCGUAGCUGCAGGUCUGAGCAACAUCAUUGGCAUCAUCGUCUACAUCUCCAGCAACGCAGGAGACCCCAACGAAAAACGUGACGAUGACAGAAAGUACACUUACUCCUACGGCUGGUCUUUCUACUUUGGCGCCCUCUCCUUCAUCGUGGCCGAGGCUGUGGCCGUCCUCGCCAUCAACAUCUACAUCGAGAAGAACAAAGAGGUCCGCUGGAAGGCGAGGCGUGAAUUUAUUCGAUCGCUCUCAUCCUCAUCCCCUUACUCAAGGAUACCAAGCUUCCGUUACCGGCGGAGGACAUCGCGCACCAGCUCUCAUUCGACGGAGGCAUCCCGGGAGAAUUCUCCAGUGGUCGGUCUGAAGGGGGCGCAAUCUUCCAGCGGUGCCCUGGAUGAGUUGUCCAUGUACGCCCUGGCAAGGGACAGUGUAACAGAGAACACGUACAGCCCUGAGCAUGAGGCGGCCGCUGAGUUUCUCCAGGUCCAUAACUGUUUUCCCAACGAUUUAAAGGAUGGGGUGAAUCGCAGGACCACACCCGUGUGAGAUGCACAUCAUAGGCUUUGAGGAUCAGCUAGAGGAGGAGAAACAGGAAAUGAUGUAAAAGUCAGUGGGCUGACCUGCUGGAGCCUGAGCGCUCAUGAUCGCCUGCCAUCUUAGAGGCACGGAUUUCAGACUGUCCCUCAGGGAACAGACCAGAGGGAGACGAGGGGACAGUCGGCUGAAGAGAGGAUGAGCGAACAGAUUAUUUACCUGCUUUUAAACAGCAUCGAAGCAGAAUAGAGUUGCCAUUGUGUGUGCUGUUGUCAACGCAAAUACGUGUUAUCUUUCAACGUGUUUAGGUGAUCAGUGUGUGGAUCACAUCCCUUUGUUCAUGUAACAGUUUGUGCAGUAGUCGCUACACAUCAGCAGUAUAUUCUACCUGUUAUUUAUUAUUCAACAAGGUGCUAAAUGGAAUCUCCUCUGCAACUUGAACGUGUUCCUCAUGUGUGUGUAGACCUCUCUCUGAAGUCUCUCGUGUCCUCGUAUCCACUUUUGGUUCGGUUCGUCAAGGGAUUUCUCAGCUUUAUACUUUAGGAUAAUGUAUGGCCUUUUAAAUGAAGACAAAUUAUAAAUCUGUUUUCACGUCCUGCGAAGAACAUGGAAGGGUUCCCUCUCUCACAUCCUCUUCCUUAAUCUUAUUCUUCUCUGACAUUUGUCAGCGGAGCAAUCGUUCGUUUUUGUCAGUGGAACACCCCCCCCCUCUUUCAUAUCUGUCUGCCAUCCUUCCAUCACGGCCCCCUUGAUGGAUGUGACACUGUGUAUGUGCCUGUCAACCCCCAGAACUGUGACACAAUGACACAGGUCAGGACUUCCUUUUGCUCUGAAUGGAGCCAUGGCUUCCAGAGUGUUAAAUGGAUAAAGAUCAGAGUCAGAGAAUGUCUGUCUGUCUGUCUGUCUGUCUGUCUAUCUGUCUAUCUGUCUGUCUGUCGCACGGCUGCAGAGUCCAUCUCACCUGUCUUUCCCUUUGAGCAACCAGUCUCCAUCUGUGUCCCUGGAGGAUUUGACCCCUCAUAAUAACAUAACGUGUCCGUCUCUUGUCACCUUGCAUGUCCAUCUCGGCUCUUUCUUUGAGUUCUCUCAGGAAAUGCUGUGUUGUUGUUGUUGUUGUUGUUGUUAUUGUGACACUUAUGAGGCCUGCUCCUUGCAUCUUGGCAGUACUGGGAAACAGACCAGUGAUAUAGACGAACCUAGAGAAAAUGAACCUGAGAUGUGUUUUUUUUUUUUUUUUUGCCAUUUCCCUAUUUAGAAAAUACUGUGAAUGUUUGUUUGAGCUUGUUCCAAAAACCAGCUGGUCAGAUGUUUCCCCCCGCAGUCUUAGGGCUUGUCAGUUGGUUCUGGUUCGGCAGACGAGCUCACUCAUCCACAUAAUACAUAUUUGAUUGUAUUUACUCUGCGUUUAACAUAUUACACUUUUAUAUUCCAUCGUGGGAAAAGGUCUGUUUGAAAAGUUGUAAAUAAGAAUUGAAAAGAAGAAAAACACCGAAUGUGCAAAAAAAUAAACAUGAUCAGAUGCUUCAGCGCUUUAUUGUACUGUCACACAAUUAAAUUUAAACCAUUUUAUGAUCAGGUAAUGUUCUCAAACCAUUGGAUUUUCUUUUUUGUAAAGGUAACACAGUCCGUACAUUUAGUAGAAGAAGCUAUAUUUUCUAUCCAUGUGCACUGUACUUUAC